AUGAGUUUUACAAUGAUCAGAGUGUUUUGCACUUUAUUAUUGGCUUUGGAGCUCCGCGGACAAAGUGUUACCCGACAUACAAACGUCAAGUGUGAAGUAUUGGACAAAUCCUUCGUAGAGUUCCCUAUUUGUAAUCUCAAAGUUUUGGGUCGUGGUAUAAUCGCAGAGAACGUGUACAUAAAAAUCCUGAAGCUACCCGUUGAAAAAAUCUCUGUUAACUUUGCUGUCUAUAAGAAGUUGUCGGGAUACCAUCCGUUUUUAUUCAAUGUCACGGUGGACUUAUGCCACUACAUGAAACAUCCCAAUCCUAUGAAUAUUGUCCAUUACAUUCACAUCGCUUUGAAGCCGUUCACUAACUUCAAUCAUUCUUGUCCUUAUAACGUAAGUAAUAAUCAGCAUGACAUAGUUGUAAAGGACUUUGUCUUGACCGAUCAAAUGUUCGCGAGAAUUCCCCUACCAAUCGGAAACUACAUGUUUAGUAUUAAGAUGGCCACCGAUGAUGUGUGGAGAGCACGCCUUAAUACGUAUUUUGACGUUAAUGUGGAUAAUAAAAAUUAA